GAGAGCACCGGUCUACAUGACAGCGACCUUCCUGACGUUCGCUGUCCAGAAUUUCUGCGGCGAGCUGCCUGUCCAUCACAGGAUCUUUAGUCUGAACGCUACCACGCUUUAUAUUUGCAGUUCGGCUCUGGCGGCGGUUGCCGCCGUGAUGGCGGUGCCGCCAGCUGGUGCUUUGCGUUCAAUGCUGAAGGCGGCGCGCGGCAAUUUCCUGGGCAAGGCCGCGGUCUCGCAGCCGCGGCCAGAGGGGCCGCAGCCGCAUCCAGCGCCCUUCGGGAAGUGCUGGUUGACUGGCGCCGCCGACGAUCUCGAGGAGGUCCACCGCGACCAGCCCAGGCUCGCCGAGGGCGAGCGGGACGGCGUGCGCCAGGGCCAGCAGGGCCAGCGUCGGCGCUGCACUCGCGGCGCGAGGAGGCGAGACGGAGACUGGGACUGUCCUCGCUGCGGGGAGAUGGUGUUCAAGACUUGGACCAAGGACCGCUGUUUCAAGCGCCGGCAGGCCCGACCCGAGGAUUCACCCGACGCGAGCAGAGGCGGGGACAGAG